AGCCCUGUCUGACCAGGCCAAGCUUGCAACCCCGGCCUGACCCCUUCCUCGCUUCGUUCCCUUUCUUAGUCCUAGGCAGACGCUCUCAGGUUUCCAGGCCUCGCUUAUAUCCUCUCCUGCUCACUGGGUCUCAGUCCCUAUUCCUCCUUUCGGUCCAGCCUAGUGUCAUUUCGCGCGAAAGUACGGUCUAUUCUUCAUUUCCAGUUCCCGCCCCUCGUUCAGUCUCGCCCCCUCACUAUCCAGCCCAAUUAGGACUGUUUCUAACUUUCCUAGGCCCUGCCUCUUCUUAAGAUCCGCCCUGCCCCGACAAAGCAAAGUUAGGGGUCAAACCCGGCUGUCUCCAUCUGCCCCUCCCCACAGGCUCCAGGUUGCCGGCUCUUUAGAUCCUUUCUCUGUCCAAUCAGGACCGUCUCCCCCAUGCCAGUCAGAAGUCUUUAAGUAGUUUGGACUUGUCCACUUCCUCUGCUCCGCCCACUCCUUUCUUCAGUUCAAUCAGAUCUCUUUCUCAUAUCUAGUCCCACCCCCUCAGUUAGCUGCCCGUCCUGCCCAUUUGGCACCUCGCUCGGACCUCCCCUUCUCUCGGAAAGAUCCAAUCGGUGUGUUUCACCUGCAGCCCCGCCCCGAGCAGCUAGGCUGUGUGGAGUCCCUGUCCUUCCCCCUGCCUCAGCCCCGCCCUACCGUCCCCAGACCAAUCAGCUCUGUUCCGCCCCACCGAGGCCCCGCCCCCUCCAUCCGUCGCUUCUUCCACCCAAUCACGUCUGUUUCUCCUCCUGCAGCCCCGCCCCCGACGCCCCGCCCCUUCAGCCCCGCCCCCCGUCCAAUGCUGAGCUCAGUCUGCGUCUCGUCCUUCCGCGGGCGCCAGGGGGCCAGCAAGCAGCAGCCGGCGCCACCGCCGCAGCCGCCCGAGUCCCCGCCGCCGCUGCCCCCGCCGCCGUCACCGCCGCCGCUGCAGCAACAGCAGUUUGCGCAGCCCGGCUCCGCCGCGUCCCCGGCGGGCCCCCCGGCACCCCGCGGGCCCGGGGGCCGGCGCGCCGAGCCAUGCCCCGGGCUGCCGGCGGCGGCCAUGGGGCGGCACGGCGGCGGCGGUGGCGACAGCGGCAAGAUCGUGAUCAACGUGGGCGGCGUGCGCCAUGAGACGUACCGCUCGACGCUGCGCACCCUGCCGGGGACGCGGCUGGCCGGCCUGACGGAGCCGGAGGCGGCGGCGCGCUUCGACUACGAUCCCGGCGCCGACGAGUUCUUCUUUGACCGGCACCCGGGAGUCUUCGCCUACGUGCUCAACUACUACCGCACAGGCAAGCUGCACUGUCCGGCCGACGUGUGCGGGCCUCUUUUCGAGGAGGAGCUCGGCUUCUGGGGCAUCGACGAGACCGACGUGGAGGCCUGCUGCUGGAUGACCUACCGGCAGCACCGCGACGCCGAAGAGGCGCUCGACUCCUUUGAGGCUCCGGACCCUGCGGGCGCAGCGAACGCCGCCAACGCCGCUGGCGCCCACGACGCGGGUCUGGACGACGAGGCGGGCGCGGGCGGCGGCGGCCUGGACGGCGCGGGCGGCGAGCUCAAGCGCCUUUGCUUCCAGGACGCGGGCGGCGGCGCCGGGGGGCCGCCAGGGGGCGCGGGCGGCGCAGGCGGCACGUGGUGGCGCCGCUGGCAGCCCCGCGUGUGGGCGCUCUUCGAGGACCCCUACUCGUCGCGGGCCGCCAGGUAUGUGGCCUUCGCCUCCCUCUUCUUCAUUCUCAUCUCCAUAACCACCUUCUGCCUGGAGACCCACGAAGGCUUCAUCCACAUCAGCAAUAAGACGGUGACGCAGGCCUCCCCCAUCCCGGGGGCUCCACCGGAGAACAUCACCAACGUGGAGGUGGAGACGGAGCCCUUCCUGACGUACGUGGAGGGCGUGUGCGUGGUCUGGUUCACCUUCGAGUUCCUCAUGCGCAUCACCUUCUGCCCGGACAAGGUGGAAUUUCUCAAGAGCAGCCUCAACAUCAUCGACUGCGUGGCCAUCUUGCCCUUCUAUCUCGAGGUGGGCCUCUCGGGCCUCAGCUCCAAGGCUGCCAAAGACGUGCUGGGCUUCCUGCGGGUCGUCCGCUUCGUCCGAAUCCUGCGCAUCUUCAAGCUCACGCGCCAUUUUGUGGGGCUGCGCGUGCUGGGCCACACGCUCCGCGCCAGCACCAACGAGUUCCUGCUGCUCAUCAUCUUCCUGGCGCUGGGCGUGCUCAUCUUCGCCACCAUGAUCUACUACGCGGAGCGCAUCGGCGCCGACCCCGACGACAUCCUGGGCUCCAACCACACCUACUUCAAGAACAUCCCCAUCGGCUUCUGGUGGGCCGUGGUCACCAUGACGACCCUGGGCUACGGAGACAUGUACCCCAAGACGUGGUCGGGGAUGCUGGUCGGGGCACUGUGUGCCCUGGCGGGGGUGCUCACCAUCGCCAUGCCCGUGCCCGUCAUCGUCAACAACUUUGGCAUGUACUAUUCGCUGGCCAUGGCCAAACAGAAGCUGCCCAAGAAGAAGAACAAACACAUCCCCCGGCCCCCGCAGCCCGGCUCCCCCAACUACUGCAAGCCCGACCCCCCUCCCCCGCCGCCCCCGCACCACCCCCACCACGGCAGCGGCGGUAUCAGUCCUCCGCCACCCAUCACCCCGCCCUCCGUGGGGGUGACUGUGGCCGGGGCCUACCCAGCGGGCCCCCACACGCACCCCGGGCUGCUCAGGGGGGGCGCGGGGGGGCUCGGGAUCAUGGGGCUGCCUCCUCUGCCGGCCCCCGGGGAGCCUUGCCCGUUGGCUCAGGAGGAAGUAAUUGAGAUCAACCGCGCAGAUCCCCGCCCCAAUGGGGACCCUGCAGCAGCUGCGCUUGCCCACGAGGACUGCCCAGCCAUCGACCAGCCCGCCAUGUCCCCGGAAGACAAGAGCCCCAUCACCCCUGGCAGCCGUGGCCGCUAUAGCCGGGACCGAGCCUGCUUCCUCCUCACCGACUACGCUCCUUCCCCUGAUGGCUCCAUCCGGAAAGCCACCGGUGCUCCCCCACUGCCCCCCCAGACUGGCGUAAGCCAGGCCCCCCAAGCUUCUUGCCCGACCUCAACGCCAACGCUGCAGCCUGGAUAUCCCCCUAGCGGACGAACCCCUUCCCCCCGGGGACAGGAUGAAAGUAACGGGGAAGGCUUCCCGAAGGAACUGAGGUCUGGAGGUGCCCUGACCUCAAGUGCAGAAGCGAUCCCAAGGGACAUAGUGACCACAGGGACUGGGCCAAACAGAGCGGAGGAGACUGGGGACUGGCAGGUAGACGUGAGCUCUUGUCACCGCCUGAGACCUCGCGAGACCCUCGGUCCCCCCUGCCCCUUCCCCCCAGGUUACGAGAAAUCCCGCAGCCUGAGCAGCAUCGCGGGCCUGAGCGGGGUGUCCCUGCGCCUCGCGCCCCUUGCCACUCCCCCUGGCUCUCCCAGGGCCGCCCGCCGCGCUCCCCCAACCCUGCCCUCCAUCCUCUAACGCUCCCCUCCCCCCCGUGGGGGGACUGGGGGUGACAGGGAAGAAGGUCAAAGGAGCUGGGGGUGGGGGGUGGGGGAAAGGGUUUUUUUUAAAAAAUCAAAAAGUCAUUAAUAAUAUGCAACCGAGACGACGACGCCAGCAGACACCCCCGGACCCCUCACCCCCACCUGGGCCCCCAGGAUGGAGGGGGAGGAGCCAAACUCCAGCCCCCACCCACCUCUCCCCCCUCCUCUCCCCCCAAUAAAGCCUUCUCAGGUCUCCAUGAGCCAUAGGACAUCCCGCUCCCAUAAACUCCUGUAAAUACGUCCAAAUUAUGCCAGUUACAUUUUGGGGCGCCUCUCCGCUAGUCUGCAUGCCUCCCUCGACCCGGAUCCCUCCUCCCCCCUUCCAGCUCCACCUCAGCAAUAAGCCGCCAGGGGCUGCAUGCCACGCGAUUGAGGGAAGGGGAAGUCUGGGAAGGGGGCGGGGCCUCAAGGGGGUCCGGCCGGCUUUGCAGCCGCGGGAGGGUCUCCUAGCCUCCUACCGUUCGCCCCAGGAGGACAGCCCAUCACAUUGAUGUAAAGAGUAAUACAGUAGCAACAAUGUGAGGGAAGGAGGAACAGCCACCCAGGCCCCCAAACGAGCUGAGCUCAGAGGGCGAAAGCAGAGACCUGGGGAGUGGCCUGUGGACAGCUUCUCCCUCAGCCUUUAGGAAGAUCCCUCUGGUGAACGUGACCCUUUCAUCCCUCUCCAUCCCCGCCACGGGGUCUGCUCGCCUCUAUUCUUGCUGCAUGGACCCAGACCUCCCAUCUCGGAAUUUCUGGGAUGAUCUGGCCCUAGCACACAAAAUUCCCCAACGCCCCCUCCAGGUUACCAGGACACGAGACCUGCACCCACAGUUCCCGAGACCCACUCUGGCACCCCGCAUCCCCUAAAUCCCCACCGGGUCCUGGGACUUAACUUCUGCGUACAGAUGCUGUCCCCCGCCCCACCCCACCCCACCCAAUCCCUGGACCGCAUCCCAACAGCUCAAACCUCCAAGACUUGACCCAGCCCUUCAGCUCACUUUCAGCCUUUGGGAUGCUCCAGAUCCUUCCCACACUUGGGCAUUUCUUGGACACCCCCAAAUCCUCAGGCCUUCCCCCCUACCCCUAGAUAAUCCCCAAAUCUCUAACAUCUGACAUCCACCUCAGGUUCUCCUGAUACUAGAAUUUCCAAGAUAGGCUCAACCUGUCUGCAAUUCCAGGGAACCAGACCUCCCCCACCCCCAACCUUGGGCAUCCCCUUUCGUAUGUCUCGCCCUGCCUCUUCCAAGAGCCCCUUUCCUUAAAUGGUGCCCAAAAGGGACCCUCUUCAUGGACAUCAGUGUUUCCCAGAGAGUUGUAUUUGUACCCCUGGUGAUGUGCUAAGGUUUUAGGCAGUGUAAGGAUGCUUAAUCUAAAAAGUUUUGUCUUUCCUGGCAUGUUGCUCACAAGCCGGUAAGUCCAGAUACUGCUGCUUGGCCCAGACACUGUUUAUUCAAGGUAGAGUGUUUCCACUUAAAGCAGGGGCUGUGCCCGCGCGAAGGGACACUGGAAUAGCAGAAGCUCUGGAAACGACGACAUACCUUACCGGGGCUGGGAUCCCAGCCCACCCUUCCCUGGCAUUCCGCGUCCUGCCACGCUCGCGGGUGGAAAAUCAUUUCUCAUACCCCAUCCUGGCUCAAGGAUGCGCUACCUCCCCCAAGCCCAGAGACCACACCGGUCCCAGAAUCCUUAGAGGGGACCCCUCCCCUUUUGGAGCUGGAGGCCCACGGAACUAGCAACCUCCUUCCCUCUGCUCCCACGGCCUCAGGAACCCCCAAUCCGAGGGUUGGGGGUGUCACUGAGCGCGAUUCUUGAUGCAACGAUUCCUAUGCAAGGGGCAUUUUGAGUCCCCCAUCCUUCCCUCGGACCCGAAACCCUGGCGAAUCAGGGGUGAGGGGUGGGGCAGGUUCUGGUGGGAGCGGGGUGGGGCGAGGUAAAGGGCUAGGGGCUCCAGACACCAGGGUAUGGGGGUGGGGACUGAUUAUAUUGCCAAAGGGUUUAACUUCUUUAAAAAAAAAAAAAAAAAAAAAAAACAAACAAAAA